GUGAUUUAUGCAGAAGUGCGCAGAAAUUCCACCCUGAGAGCAUAUAUAAGCAGAAGUUGUUGCUGUUUAAAUCAGAAAUCCAGUGGAAAAAACCGCUUCAGGAUGAAGACGCUUGGCCUUUUCUUGGUGGUAGCGCUCGCAGCUGUCGUCGUAGCAUUCGCCCAUCACGGUGGCGGUGGAGGUCUCGGCGGUGGCUGUGGAGCUUCUGAGCCUCCGAUGCCUCCGCCGAGCGACGACUCUGGUGGUCCUGGAGAAGAGGUGAAUUCGACCGAACCCACCACAGAGAUGAUGUCCAGGGAAGAUACAAGUUCUGCUGCCGGGAAUGACACUGCGACCGACGCAAUGAACAUUACAUCAGCAGUGACGGAAGAGACCCCCGGAACCAACUCCAGUACGGCGUCCCGUUGACGUCGAGAUCCGCUCUGAAAUAAAUAUUUGUUCGCAAGAA